AUGGGCGGCCGCAGUCCAAUGAACAUAUUGAAACUCCGAUGGGGCGACGAGCCCAGGGAGGUUUUAAACUGGAGGCUCUGGCUUGCGGUGUUUUCUUUUGGGAUCAUGGGUGCAGCAAGAGGUGUCGAUGAAGGCCUAAUCAGUGGAACAAUAGACUCUGCUGAUUUUAGGAAUCUUCUCAAUUUGCCAGACACAAGUACCUCUGCGUAUGCUAAUAUCAAAGCCACAAUUGCAGCAAUGGUAUCUUUGGGUAGCGUGGCAGGCGCGGCAAUGGCAUUCCUCCUUUGCGACCGCAUUGGCCGUCUUUGGGCGACCCGUCAGUUGUGUGUUCUUUGGGUUGUUGGGAUUAUCAUUUUCAUGUGUAACGACGGUAAUCUAGGCAUGGUUUACGCAGGCAGAUUUAUCGCGGGCCUUGGCAUAGGCCAGGCUUCAGUCGUUGCACCUAUUUAUCUCUCAGAGAUAUCGCCGAAAUCGAUUCGAGGACUUUGCACAAUGACAUUCGCUGGAGCCGUGUAUAUAGGUAUCAUGCUGGCAUACUUUGCAAGUUGGGGGGCCAGUUUACAUAUUCCUGAUAACACCUCGGGACGUUGGUUGGUACCAACGAGUCUACAUCUCAUUUUCGCCGCGAUAAUAGCCGUUCUAUCAUUUUUCAAUUAUGAAUCUCCUCGCUACCUAAUCAAGCGUGGUAAAGAUAGGCAGGCUACAGCUAAUCUUGCACGUAUUCGUAACUUGCCUCCCACCCACGAAACGAUCGUUAGGGAGCUUUGCGAGAUUCAACUUCAAUUGGAGGAAGAAAAAGCGGCGGUUUCGGGACAUGGUUGGAUAAGCAUUUUGCGAGAGAUGUUUUGCAAUUCAUCUAGCUUGUAUCGUAUCUAUCUCGGCUUCACUAUACAACUUCUCACACAGUGGUGUGGUGCACAAUCCAUCACUGUGUAUGCCCCAGACUUUUUCCUUUUGGCCGGGGUGAGCGGACAGAACGAGAAAUUAUUUGCUACGUGUAUUCUGGGUGUUGUAAAAUUUGUUGGGGCGCUUCUCUGCGCGUUCUACUUAGUUGAUGUUAUUGGCCGGAAAAGAUCAUUAGGCAUCGGGAUCGCCAUCCAAACAAUCUCAAUGGUGUAUAUUGCGAUCUUUCUCAGCAUUGUUGGCACUCCCAAUCCUGACUCUUUCACCAAGUCUCAGAAGUCGGCAAGCAUCGGUGCUAUUUUCAUGAUCUAUUUAUGUAGCUUUGGUUGGGCGAUGGGCUGGAACGGAAUUCAGUAUCUCAUCAACGCAGAAAUUUACCCACUGAGAAUUCGAGCGGCGUCGUCUUCGUUGAUCAUGAUGCUGCAUUUCGCCAACCAGUACGGUGCCAACCGCGCAGUGCCUGACAUGCUACUGUCAGUAUCCAAAGGGGGGAUGGGGCCCGCUGGUUCAUUUUGGUUUUUCGUUGGCCUGACCAGCUUCAGCGCACUGUGGGCAUGGUUUUCCAUCCCGGAGACAUCGGGACUCACCUUAGAAGGUGUUGAUCGCCUGUUUACACUGCCAUGGUAUAAGAUUGGCCGCUAUGGGGCGACUGAGGCAAGGGCCCUGCAACAUGCGCAUGACGAAAGGAUCAACGAGAUGGCCACAAAGAGAGAUGCGGUUGAAGUGGAGGCUGUGUGA